AUGCAGUUCUCUAUCAUGACCGUUUUUGCUCUGGCCGCUGUUGCCAUUGCCGUUCCCACAGGCAUUGCUAAGCGUCAGGUUGUUGGCAACGCUAUCCCUGCCAACGUCCCUGCCAUGACAGACGCCUCUGGCAACGUGAUUCCCUUCAGCGCCAAGGAUGUCUAUGUUGCUCCCGGCAACUAA